UCACAUGAAGUGAAGUUGGCUCUAAACAAAAAAAUGAAUGACAGAUAAAUGACAUUUGAAAUGUCCCCCCUUUGCAAUUGAAAAAAAAACAAAAAAAAAGUGCAGGAGCCCUACCGACACAGGCCCCCCAAGAUGUCUUCGAACGGUUCCCCGUCGCCCUACGCCCACGACGCCUUCGUAACCGAUGCCGAUUUCAAAGUCGAAAUCAACCAGAAAAUGAAGGUACCGGAAAAGAUCAGUUUCAGCCAAGACACCAACGGGGAAGUCCGGAAUUCUUGGGUAAAAGACAACUUUAGCAUGCAAGUACCUGAACGGAUACUGGUCAUGGGGCAAGACCAACAUGUCGGUACCAGGGCUCCGCCUAGAGAAAUCGCAUUUGACAAUUCCUUUAUAGCUUCAGAACCUUACCCUUCAAACUUACCUCGAGUCGCUACCCCUCCUAGAACCCUCACUUUGGACAGAUACCCAUUCCCAGAAUACCAAGACCAGGAACCUGAACCAGAAGACCAGCUACCUGUAGUUGUAAGACCAAACAAAGCCAAAGUGCAACUUAAUGAUUCCAUUUAUUCGUUUCGGGAUUCUGCUACUCCGCCCCUAGGAGGCGACUGCAUGACUAGUUCAGAAGAAGUUGUUCACUUGAGAAGGCAAAUGGCCAAGCUGAAUCGCAGGAUGAUGGCUCUGGAGCUGGAAAAUCUUAAUCGGCUUCAAAAGGAGAAGUUCUUUUUUGGUAUAGGGAUGGCUUAUCUGUUUUUGAAAGUCAUUAUUUGGAUGAACCGAGUCUAGAUUAAGAGUGGUUUUGGUAGAAAGGAGAUGAUUAUUAUUAUUGUAGUUUGAUUCUUUUAUUGUUUAAAAAUAGGUUUAAAUUCUUUUGAUUAUUUUAAGUAUUUAUGCGUUAUAUUGUACGACUUUUAAAUAAAUUAAUAUUUGAAUUGGGCGAA